AUGAGGGAGAUUGUCACUCUCCAAGUCGGCGGCUUCGCGAAUUUCAUCGGCUCUCACUUUUGGAACUUUCAGGUAAAGUGGAGAACGAAGCUCUUCGGUUUUGUUUUUAUCAUACGGACUGUAUCCGAGUUAAUAAAUUUUCAUCGAAAGCAUAUAUUUCCUCAUAAAAGAAUUCCCAGCAUUGGUCGAGUCUCUUUGAUUGGAGGUUUGUCCUUUUGUAUAACAUUAUGAUCGUAACCUAGGUGUUUUCUCGCUAAGCAGUAAACCGUCAUAUUCAACAUCAGUACGUUGGAAUAAAGAUAUAUUUGGAUUUUAGGGAGAAACUAAAUUAAUUAAGAGAACCAGCCAAUCUGAGUGCACUUGAGGAACUUGUUAUUCCCUUUUAAUUCCAAUUUGACAGAUUGAGGGCACUUUUUAUCGUUAUUUUCCCGAAUCCGAAAUGCCUUAUCCAAUUUUUAUGUAGCUAAUUUUUUUUUUUUGACUAACUAAUGGCUGAUAUAGAAUAAGUUAUUUAUCAGUUUGCCUUUUUUUUUUUCUGAAAACUCUCAAAGGAUGAGUUGCUUGGAUUGGCCGACGAUGCCUAUGGAGAUCCCAUUUACAGGAGUCCUUCAUUAGACAUGGAUGUUCUUUAUCGUUCUGGUGAAACACAGCAGGUAUUUUCUGUUCAUGCCAAAUUUUUUUCUGAGAUUACAAUCUUUAUUUUCACACUAGGGGUUCCUUGUUUGAUAAUUUUCUUCAUUUGGUAUUCUUCCAAUAUUUUUUCAAAACCGUUUUUCGGAAGCUGAAUAAUAUGUUUAUGAAUCCUGAAUAAUAUAAUGCUAUGUGUAUUUUUUUUCUAUGAAUCCUGUAAAAUAUAAUGCGAAGUAUUUAAGUUGUGGUAUUUGUGUUACCAUGAUACUGCAAUCUUCAGUGUUUAAAUCUUUUUCAAGCCUACAUCUCGCUUAGAGGCUAUGAAGAACUAAAUGUAUUUGGUAUAGAGUCAAAAGACAGAAGCGUUGAAGUUCAGUAGGUUUGAAAUUUUCCCUAAGAAGAAUUCCUUAUAUAUUUUCAUAAACACCAAGGCUUCGCUUUGAAUGAUAUCUGUUCUGGAAAAUAUGCUAUCAAUGUGAUGACAAUAUACCAUGAUCAUAAAUUCCAACGUGUUAUGUAAUUGUCAACUAUAAAACGUCUCGUAUUCUCACUUUGCGUUCAGUUCAAAUAAGAAAUUUUGCUUCUUAACUCAUUUAUCUAUUACCAUGCCCUGGGCCUCUGAUUGAUAUCCCUAUAAAUUUUUAUAAGUUCCAAUGCUUCUCUUUGAAUCAUAUCUCUUCAAAUGACCAGGAUUGUAAAAUCAAUGCAUUGUUUUCACCAUUCACUCAUUUAAAAACGACAGAAGCAUUUGGCCAUUGGGAAUUUAACUGUACCGUAAUGAUAUCAGCUUCUCUUUAACAUUUAUUUAUGUCAAGAGGCUGCUUCAGUACUUCCUUCACACUGUCCACUCCCCCAAGGAUAAUACUAUAAAUGAUUUCUACAGAACAAUGUUUCGUAAGAAUGGAACAAGUUCUAAGGGGGGCAAACGGACCCUAACAACAACGAAAAAUCAAUAAAUACUUCUCAGUUGGGUUAUCUUAUAUGAGGAUAAACUUGUCAAUGUAGUUGAUGACUAUGGCAAACUAGCAUCAGUUGUGAACUUUGUCCACCCUUAAAAGGGCAGCCUCUGAUUCUCUCCAAAUAAUCUUCGUUUACUCGUGGCACGAGCAAUAGGAAGUCUAUGUUUUCUGACUGUAGAUUGGAAAACCAUCCUCAAAACUUUUCGAUAUUUUUCGCCCGUACCCUAAACCAGCAGUAAAUUGGAUAAUGUUGUUGAUACUAUGCUAACAAUUUAAAAUUAGCGUAUGAUCCAUUUUCUGUGUAUCUCUUUUACGUCCAAUGCUAAGACAUUUCUUUAGACUUAUGAUAAACUCUUAUUUUAAGCUAGUAAUAUAUCAUUAAAUAUGUAUGCCAUUCUGUCAUUGAAAGAAUGUAGUCUAAUAACUGCUGUGAAAGCAAAAACGUGAGGGAGAUACAAUCAGUUUAUAUUGAUACAAAUGUGCAAUCAGUUUUGUAGGCAAGUUUUUCAUUCUAUGUUGAUUCUUUCAUUUUUGAUUUGCUGGUGCGCUAUAAAGAAAGGAUAAUUCUUCAUUCCUAUCUGUGGUGUGGAUUGGUUUCUAUAACAUUUGUCCUACAUCUUUCAAUAUUCUACUAUUCAAUUGAUUGUAGUUAGCUGUUUAGUGAACCCUCCAUUGUUCAUCUUUAUUCGAUCAAAUCAUCUUAUAGCGAUGAACUAACAUCAUAGAAAAUACACAGGGAAAUCUGACAUACACCCCACGUUUGAUUUCGAUUGGGUUUCAAGGUGAUCGCAUGCUUUUCUUUCACUGGUCAAUAUGCUUUUUUUCCCUCAUUUUUUUUAAUAACAACCCAUCAAACUAUGAUGGAUUUUGUGCCAUGCGCAUGUAUUCCCUCUCAUUUUAAUUUCUGUUUCUGAAAUCAUCUAUAUGUUGAACUGGCUGGUGAUUUGUGUUCUUAUUCUUCUGGUAUACUUGUAUUUUUUUUGUCUGAAGGCAGAAAUAAAGCAAUGAUAUUUAAUAUGGGGACAGGUACACAUUGUGUUUGCUGAAAAUCAUUGUUCAUUUUCUUGCUGAAAGACCUUGAAUCACCCUUGUCUUCCUAUCCGGCAUUAGAUUUGACAAACAUCUUUAUAUUUUCCUCUUUUGUCGUGCAUCAAAGGAGAUAAAGGUGCAACCUUUGUGCGACAGGUGUGUUGGAAUAUGAGAUGGGUUUAUAAAAAGGGCUUUGAGGGAAGAUAUGCUGGAGUAGUGAAGAGGGGACUGAAAGAAGAAAAUCAUGAUGCAUUUUUCUUUCUUAGUAGUAUUGGGAGACAGAGGCCUGAUUAGGAAUUGAGUCAAAAUUUGGACAUAGAGAACAAGUGUUGUGUAGUGUAGCUUGAUUCUGAGUAGGACCUGCAUAGACUCUAUUCUUUUAUCAACUGUACUCAUAGUCCAGGAAGCAUGAUACUCCAUUUUUUUUACGAGGAGUGGUGAUUGCUACUGCCAUGAAGGCCAUUGGUGAUACAAGACACCUACGCUGAAAACAUUCUUGCAUAAUAUGCACCGUUUAUUUUGAGAAGUGGGAGUCCUCAUCACAAGGAUCCAUACCAUCCUCUUCUUUUUGAGGCAAACAGACUUGGAGUAGUUUGUCAUCCUUCUGAAUAAAAUUUAUAAGGUUACCAUGAAAGAUGAAUGCUAUAUCACCACAGUUGCGAGUCAACACUUAUGUCGAAAAUAUUUUUUCUAAGAACCAUUUCUUAAAUCUGUUUGCAAAUUCUGGUAUUUGCUGAAACAUGAAGCUUUUCAAGUAAAUAGUUUGUAGAUUGUGAUGAGAUAUCAAUAUUUCUUAAUUAUAUUUUUGGUUUUUAAACGGGUUGUGAAACAAAAAAUACGACCUUGCCACCCUACAUUUGAGAAAUCAAGACUUGCUUCUCAUCACAUAAGACGGAAAUUUAGAAAACCAAUAUGUUUGUUAUUAUGGGUUUUUUUAUUGACAUAUUAAAAAAUAUCAAGUGAAUUAAUUAACUAAACUUCUGGUGCAAGGAUACGAUGUCUACUUUUUUGCUAAUUUUUAAUCAUUAUUAUUAUUUUUAUAUUUGUCACACGUUACAAGCUGAAAAUGAGCCACACAACGAAUUCUGCUUUCAUCCCUUUUAUGCUCGACAUGUGAAUUCGCAUCUAUAGGGGAAAUGAGUAGAGCUUCAAUUGCAUAUGUUCAUCGGCUGUGUAUUACAUGUGUUAAUUGUUUUAAAUGUACCCUUAUCUAAUCCGGUAGAUAUUAUCACGUGGUGAGAUUUCCUUUGUUGUGUAUUGUCCUAAUAAUUAACUGAUGACAGUAUUUUGAGGAACUCCACUACUUGUGGACAUGAGACCCUAUAGUUCUAGCUUAUGUUGACCUAUUUCGAUGAAGACGAGUUCUCACCAUUUAUCAACGUUAAUUGUUCUAAAUUCACCAUGUAUCAAUGUUACUUCUCGCGUAUUUGUCCUAAUAAUUAACUUGUGAUGGCAUAUUGAGGACAUAUUUCACUACAUGUGUACAUGAGAUUGAUAAUUCUGCGUUAUAUCACCAUGUAACUACGUUAAUUGUUGUAAAUUCACUACUUUUUUCAUGCUUUCUUUUUCUUUCCAUAAAUUAUUUUAUUGGGCAUUCUAUUGUGUGUGAUUUUGCAGCACACUCACGUUUUUCUUAUUCACAGGAUCCCUUGGUUCUCUAUCUCCUUCCGGUUCCUCAUCUAAUGAGAUUCCCUCAUCUGAUCCGUCAGAUAUUAUCACAUGGUGAGAUUCCCUUUUUUGUUGUGUAUUGCCCUAAUAAUUAACUUGUGAUGGCAUAUUGAGGACAUUUUUCUCUAAUUGUGGACAUGAGAAUCUAUUGUUCUGGCUCAUCUUGACCUAUUUUGAUGAAGUCAAAAGUUCUCACCACGUAUCAACCUAAUUCAAAACCUACAAGCUAAAUUAGAAUACAGGGCUCUUGAAUUUCAUCGUCUGGUUUACUCUUAUGCUGGCAGAAUAUAGCAUGUCAUCUUGUUAUCUAUCUGGUCACGACAUUGCGAGCCCAAUAACAAGAACCUGUUCUUGCUGUGAUUAUAUCAAGAACAACCAGAAGUUGAUGUCCAUUGAUUUACACGCAUACUGAAAUAACUGGCUUCUUUUGGUCACAGAACUCCUCGGUUCUCCAUCUGCUUCUGAUCCAUUACAUGAUCGGACCCCACCCGUGUGAUUUACAUAUCCUUCGAAAAUUAACAUGCAGUAAUUAACAUAACCUUCGAAUUUUUUUGCUUACUAGUGGAUUAUUCAAUAUACAUAUUUAUCUUAUGUUGACCCGUCUGUGAUAAAGUCAAGAAACCUUGAUUUGGAUUAUUUACCUUGCUUGUAAAAUUUUUGAGACAUUUCAUUUUCUUGAUCUGAUUUUAAGAUACCUCUGCUUGCCUGUGUUAGGGUGGGUGGUGUCUCCAAACGUGUCUCAGAACCUCAUAAAAAGAAUCUGUUCUUGCAAAGUCUAUGUGAAGAACAGACAACAGAUAAUGCUUCGGCAAGUUAUGGCAGUAAAUCAGGUGACGAGUCUCUGAUAAUUGAAGAUAAGGAACUGACAGAAAGCCUAGAGAAUGAUGUUAACUUUUGGACUGACUUUUCGAAAGUCCACUAUCAUCAUCGAACCUUUUAUGAGUUACAUGGCUCUUGGGGAACGGUUCAAGAAUUUGACAACUAUGGCAUUGGGAAGCAACUCUUCUCUGGCAGUUUGCAGGCCGAAGAAAUCAGCGACAGGUUGCGCUUUUUUGUCGAAGAAUGUGACCACAUUCAGGUAAACUUUUUGUCAUGGAAUUCCAGCCACGUGGCGGAAUCUUAUUUUUUUAUUUAUUUCUAAAAGUAGUUCUAUAAUGUUUCCUUUACGGAUUCAGAGAGGCACAUGCUUGUCCUGGAUCGUCCCUAGUUCAGUUAUUUAUUCGACUACUCUUGUUACUCUUUCCCCUGAUAGAGACGUUGAGAGUUCGAUGUGCAAUAAUCCUAGUCUUUCUUUGUACUUGUUUUUGUGUAAUUUUUUCAAUUCUAUUUCCCCUUUGAGCAUCGUCUUCAUCUGAUGAACGGAUUUAACCAGAAGCUCUGGAACUUUCAUGUUAUUUUUCUCAAUCUCAUGAAUCUGGAAGAGAUUUUGUUUCUGACUGUCUCCAAAAUGCUGAAUAAGCCGAAAACCAUCUUCUAUUUUUGUUGAUAUUAUGAAAGCGGAAGCCUUUUAUGCUUCAGUUAUGGAUGAGGAUGACACUGAGACGUUCCAGAUUCUGAGUCAUUACACCUUUGUCUUCAUUAUUUAGGGUAUCCAAUGCAUAGUUGACGAUAGCGGAGGAUUUUCCGGUGUAGCUGCAGAUCUCCUGGAGCAUGUUGCAGACGAAUAUCCGAAUAAGCCCGUCCUGCUCUACUCUGCGAGAGGGCCCUACUCCAAAGCAACCAGCAAGAGGGAGUCGGUAAAGAGAGCGCUUCAUGAUGCUGUUUCUCUUUCGAUGCUCUCCAGCUUCUGCAGGUUGAUGGUUCCAAUCGGCUUACCUUCUCUCAGCUCGAGUACGCCCUCUCAUCCCUCUAGAAAAUUCGAUCAAUUGCCAUAGAUAAGCUCCUCUGUGCCUCCUCGUCUUUCUACGUGGAGGCUGUGAUCAUUUCUGCCUACUAAACGACCAUUAUUUCUGCCUUCCGGGUGAUCGUUUUUCGCAUCAGUAGUUGACUGGAACGGCAUUCAAUCACAUCACCUAUUUCCUUUGCCGAGAUAUAUUAAAAGAAAUUAGUUUCUGUUCAAUUUUUUUUCUUCUUCUUCUUCUUGUUUAAGAAUGCGUUGACAUUUUUCGCAUCGGUAGUUUGACUGGAACUGCAUUCAAUCACAUCACAUAUUUCCCUAUGCUGAGAUAUAUUAAGAAAAAAAUGGCAUCUGCUCAUUUUAAUUUUUAUUUUCUUCAACAAUGCGUAGACAUUUUCGCAUCAGCUAUUUCCCAUGCCGAGUAUAUUUAAGAAAUAAUUGACUUCUGUUCAACUUUUUCUUCUUCUUCUUCAAGAACGCGUUGACAUAAUGUGUAUGUCUAUCCUAACUUGGCGGCGUUCCGACAUGCGAAGGCCAAGUAUCUGCCUUCCUUCGGGUCGACGAUUCCAAGCCUUUCCACUGCAGCGCAGUCUACGCAGCUUCAAUGCACUCCAUCAGUCUUCCCUUCCGCAUGGACCCCCUCGGACCCGCUUCCAACUCCUCUGGUCACGUCUCGGGUGCUGUGGAUAUCGCUGAACUCGCGCACAUGUUAUCAGGUCAGACCUGGCAGAACAGGGUUGCGAUCUUGGACGCAGCAAUGCCGGCGCCUGCCCUGAAUGGUGAGUUGACUUCCUCUCCCCGAGUCAAGCAUCCCACUUGUUCUACCUGAUGGAAAAGUGAUCACAUUUCCUCUCUAAUCCAGGCUACGGCACCGGCCGUGGAUCAUUCCAGAGGAGUCUCCAUCCGUUGACCCCCGAAACUGCGGCGGACGUUGAAGACCCACAAGCCGUGGAGUCCUUGGUCGUUCAUGGCGCUCUCAGCUCAGGUGGAAAAAUCUGCAGUGUUCCUUCCUUCCCUCUAUUGUUGAUCCGUUGACAUUGUUCUUGACGGCCACUGACAGGAGGUCAACGAGCUUCGAUUUCCGAAGCGACGAGCUCGAUCUGCAGCGGGUAUGAUGAAGGUGGAUCGACGAGGCCCAGGUUCUUCCAUAUCUCCGUCGCUCUCUGCCCCCUCCCGAUUCCUCUGCCAUUUCCUUCCAUCUUCGGACCUCUGGUCGACCGGCACGGCGGGAUGGUGGGCGGCGGAGGGAACCAGCAGCGGCGGAGGGGAGCUCUCGAGGUGAGCUCCAUCCCCAUGGCGGCGAGGCUGCGCUCCACCGCCGCCGUCCUCCCCUUUGUGCAGCGGCGCUCCGACGACUUCCGCCGGCUCGGGGUCCAGAGAGGCUCCGCCGGAGCCCGGCUGCUGAGCGAGUGGGGGCUCGCCAUGGACGAAGCAGAGGACGUGGGGGAAGCUCUGUCGAAGAUGGCCACGGCGUUGAAUCCCCACCCCGACUUGUCGUCCGAUUCUGACUAA